CCAUAUUGGUUUUGUUAUGAGCCUACGGUCCUUGAAUAAUCGCAGUUUAUUGUUGGUUUUAUAGCAGUGACCACAGCUUAGUCCCACAGUUUUGGAACAGGAGGGUAUAAACACAGCACACCUUCGACCACGUCCAAUUUCAGCUUAUUUACAACAAAAUAGGACCAAUUUUCUUUGUAAAUCUGGUGGAUUAUUAUUAAUUAGUGAUCUGCAAGUGCGAGUAAUUUCAAGUUCCUAAUUUGUGUCGUUUAUCGACUUGCAGUUUAUUUAUCAGAGUUGUUCCUGAUGCAACCAUGGGUCAAAAGGUAUCAGGAGGCAUAAAGACCAUAGCAAGGGAUCCAGUGUAUAAGCCUAUCCACAAAGACUACAUAUUCAAUAUGGAAUUGCACAAACCAAGCCGUCUUGAUAUUCUCUUAGACAUGCCAAGAGCUCCCAAGGAUGUGCAAAAUAAACAUUCCUGGAAUGAAAGUGAUAGAUCAUUAAACAUAUUUGUGAAAGAAGAUGAUCCAAUGUCUUUCCAUCGUCAUCCUGUUGCACAAAGUACUGACUGUAUACGGGGUAAACAAGGAUUCACACGUGGACUUCAUGUUUGGGAAAUCAACUGGAGUACACGUCAACGAGGUACACAUGCUGUUGUUGGAGUUGGCACUAAGAAUGCACCUUUACAUUGUGUUGGUUAUCAAUCAUUAGUUGGAAGCAACUGUGAAUCGUGGGGCUGGGAUCUUGGAAGGAACAAACUUUACCAUGAUGUGAAGAAUAAUCCCGGACUAACGUAUCCAAGUCUUCUGAACUCUGAUGAAAACUUUGUUGUGCCUGAUAAAUUUCUUGUUGUUCUUGACAUGGAUGAAGGAACCCUAAGUUUUGUUGUUGAUGGACAAUACCUAGGAAUUGCUUUUAGAGGACUUAAGGGGAAGAAACUUUACCCCAUUGUGAGUGCAGUAUGGGGACAUUGUGAAAUAACAAUGCAAUAUAUCGGUGGACUUGAUCCUGAACCUCUGCCUCUUAUGGAUUUGUGUCGACGUGCAAUCAGAGUAUCUGUUGGCAAAGAAAGACUACAUAAAGUGCAUGACUUGCCUCUUCCAACAGUACUGCGGAAUUACCUUCUUUAUCAGUAACGCGCAAUCACAUGGCAAAACCAAAUUUUAUAAGACUGAGCCUUCAAUGGCUGUUAUAUUUAUAUUAUUUUAUAAGAUAUUGUUAAAAACAAUGCAGGUUCAUUGGGAAGAGAUAUUCACAGUUCAAAAAUGAAUUUAUCAGAGACAAGUUGCAUCAACAACCCCAGACAGAAGAUUUUGAAAUCGUAUGGUACUACAAUUCUGUGUUGGCGUGACGAAUAGUUAAUCAUGUCAGACUUUCUAAUCGUAGGACUCUGAUGUCAGAUAAAAAGUUGUACAAUGAAUUUCAAACCUGUCUACCCCUUCUCCAUACACAUGAUAAUGUGGUUUUAAAGGUGAUAUAGAAUGAUGGUUAUUAUUCAACUUUUAAAUUCGGCAACUGCCUCUCGUCUCUGCAACUUGCCAUAAUUUUACUUCUGCCUCUACGGUCUUAAUUUAUUGAGGUGCUAGCAGAGUUUGUAUCAAAUACACAAGGACUUCCUUCCAUGUUUAAUAGCUGUCAUUUUGCUUUUGUACUUUUAAUGUAUUUUGACAAGAGGGCUGUGGCGUGGCAUUGCUAUGCAACUAACAAGUUGACAUUAUUGUAAAAAGUCUGCUUAGAGAGAAAUGGCGAAUGCUGAAAUGUGGCUGAAAUUGUAAUUGUUUUUUUGUAAAUCUGUCAAAUUUUCAAGUCUUAAUGUGAUGUGAAUCAUUCAGCUUGGUCAAUUCCUUGGUGCAAUAUGUAAAUAUGGCGUAUUUGUUCGAGCAGAUUGUCAGAAAUUGCUCUUUUUUUUGUAAGGUGUGGUAAAGAAUAUUUAUAUUUUCAGUUCAGCGUAGUAAACCAGAGCACCUAUUAAAUUGCCCAACCCCUUUCCAGCCAAACCUGUUUUAGGCUACCGAUGGAUUGUCUUUUUUUUUUUUUUAGCAAGCAUUCAAAUCAGACAGCUCCUGUGCAUGGUACUGAUAUAGUAACCAGAUUUCUAGUAGUUCAGCAAUUUGGAAACUGUAAAUUUUGUAAGAAUUUUUUAUUUUUUGACAGAGCUGCUGUUUUAUUAUGUCAUAUUAAUUAAUGCCAAAUAUUUUUUUAAAAAAAGCUCGUCGAUUGUUUGCACAUGGUUUCUCCUGUCAAUAUUUUAGAUUUAGUACACAAUAUAAAUAUACUUUCUCUUAUCAUUGGACCAAUAGGCAAGUGACGGAAACGAUUGAUGCAUACCCAAUAAACAAUCAUUCCAAACAGAUUUUUUUUCUAAUCAAUCUAGGAAUACCAAUUUUCAAGAGGCUCGUCUCAUCUGAACCUAGCCCCUUUUUUCAAAAUUGCAGGACCAAUGCCUUUGGUUCACUUUUCACAGGUGCCCAUCCAUCAUACAAUUUGGGAGUGGGACUUGAUCAAACCACGCCAUGCAAAAUGUGUUUGUGAAAACUUUGUGUGUAUAUUUUAACUUUAUUUAUUGAUAUAAGAUAUUUGUUACAUUUUAAAGUGUUUCUCGGUCUCCCUUCUCUAACUGAAUUUAAACUUAUUGAAGAGAUGGGUAUACAGAGAAGCUCCUCUCAAUAUUUUAGACCGCCUAAAUGUGUAAUUUAAAAUGUUUUCUAUUCAAUGGGAGAAAUUAUAAAUAUUUUAUCAAAUGUACCAGUAGUUAUUGUGUAAUAGAGAUAUACUUAAUGUUAGCUUAUUUAAUAAACUUUUAAAGGGUGAUAACUUAUAAA